AUGGGCAACAGCAAAAGUGUCUCCCUGUCCAAGGAUCUCCUAGAGGAGCUGAAAUUGAACACCAAGUACAGCGAGGAGCAGCUAUGUACCGGGUACCAGACCUUCCUGAGAGAGUGUCCCAGUGGGCGAAUCAGCAAGCAGCAGUUUGAGGCCAUCUACAUCAAAUUCUUCCCCGACGCAGACCCCAAGGCUUAUACACGCCACGUCUUCAGGAGCUUCGAUUCCAACAGUGAUGGGAUGCUGGACUUUAAGGAGUACAUCAUGGCCCUGCACUUGACCUCCUCUGGGAGGACCAUACAGAAACUGGAGUGGGCGUUCAACCUGUACGACGUCGACCACAACGGAAACAUAACCAAGAAGGAGAUCCAGGAGAUCGUCGAGUCGAUAUUCAACAUGAUCUCCAAAGAGGACCAGAAGAAUCUUCCUGAUGAUGAGAACACACCAGAGAAGAGAGCUGAUAAAAUCUGGGAUUUCUUCGGCAAGAAAGAAAUUGAUAAGCUAACAGAGGAGGAGUUUAUCCAGGGAGUGAUGGACAACAAGAACAUCCUCAGACUGGUGCAGUUUGACAAGCCACAGAAGGUACAGGAGAGACUGAAUGAGAUGAAACAUUAG